AUGUCACCUCAUUUGAAGAGACGGUACAUCAUAAAAUCCGAUGAUACCCGCCACGAUUCGCUAAUGUCGAUCCCCAAAAUGCAGUUAGCCAGACUGACUUCAAAUUCUAUACUUCCUUUCAUCAGCCAACAACAAAUAAGAACAUUCAACGUAUCGACAGGAGGUUUAGGAUUUAGACAAAAGAUUGCCUAUAAAACAAGAUAUCAUUGGAUGCUAGAUUUAAAAAAGAGCAGAGCUCGUGCCAGAAAUCCUUGGAUUCCCAAAGAACCUGUAACAAGCAUGGAAAUUGAUGGACAGAAAAUUGAAUUCCCUGAAAUGUAUUUAGACUUUAUUGUACCCAAAGACCUAGAAAAUUGUGAAUUAAAGCCUUAUGUGUCAUGGCGAUCAAAAGAAGUUGGAGAAGGACCAUUGACAGCUGAAAUUUUAUUCGAACAAAGAUAUUUACAAAAAAUCACUGAAAUGUAUAAAAACGGUGCAAGUAAAGAAGAAAUUAUGGAAUAUGUGAAAAGAACAAACUGUUGUUAGGGUAGACAAAAUUAGUCAGAAUA